AAUCUGCUCCUUUUUCGAAAAAGUUUGUAAUCUUUCCAUAUUAGCCUCUUGAUUGAUCCAUAACCAUAAAUAUGUUUGACAUAACUGAUUGACGUUAAAUAUUGCGUGAAAAUAUUACUCUAAGAUUCAAUUACAACUGAAAUAAUGAAUACUGAAAACAGAUACCCGGUGACCGCAUCGCUUUUCAUGUUGAAGGAAAUAAAACAUAGACAAGAGCAGGUUAAUCGCGGCUACCAACUCCUGAAGCGAAAGGCCGAAGCCCUACGCAUGAGAGGCCGUCAGGCCGCCUCAGAAUUAGCCUCUGCUCAGGCCAUAUUCGGCCACACCUUGAGAGAAGCUUACAUUUCUCUAGCUGCUAUUAAGUUUACUAAUGGAGAAUCUAACGCGUUGGUGCUUGAAAAUAUUGGCCAAGCUCAAGUGCGAGUUCAACGUAUACCCGAGAACAUAUCAGGAGUCUCCACGGUUUCCCUUCAAACUCUUGAAGAAACUGGCGUCGGGGACUCCCUUCGUUACGCUGGGCUCGGCGCCGGCGGUCACCGCACCGGUGAAGCUAAGAAGGCUUUCAGAGAAGCCGUACGAAUACUCGUCAGAUUCGCCUCUUUGCGAAAUACUUGCAUUCUCUUGGAUGAAUCCAUUAGGUCCACCCUAAGGAAGGUAAAUGGUAUUGAAAAGGUUAUCAUGCCGAAGUUGCGUAAUACUGAAACUUAUAUCAUGAUGGAAAUGGAUGAAAGGGAGAGAGAAGAAUUCCAUCGUUUGAAAAUGGUGAAAGCGAAGAAGAUAAGAAGUCAAGCGCGCGCGGCUUUGCGGCAUGCCAAAAGUAUUGGCGGUGCCGGAGAGGCCAGUGAGCUCACCUCUGCAGUCAUGUUGCCCUCUCACUGCCGCUCCGUGGAAUGCCUCUCGAGUAUCCUAUCGUGCAACUCGUCAAUGUCUGUCACCACGGACUCGGGAGACUACAAGCCUGUUUGUUAUCCUCACAAUUGGGAUGACGACGACCUCUUGUUUUAAGGCUUAAUUACCAUGUAAUGUUCUAAGUAGCAUGUUACCUUUGCUUUAUUUGUUGUGCCGUUAUUUAUUAAUAAAAUCAUGUGAAAACUUAA